UGUUCCAUUUCUAUGGCUCCAGUGAGAGUCAGUCAGCUGGAGACUGAUCCAAAGCAUCUGAAAAGAAAAAGACGUGAGGAAAUAAACAGCUGUUUAUCAGAACCAGACGAUCAUGGCAUCGUUAAAUCUCGGCUUCAGCGGGGCUCGUAAAAAAGCGGUAGCGCGUAUCAGAGCCGUGGAGAGGAGGAAUCUGAUCACCGUGUGCAGGUUCUCAGUGAAGACCCUCAUUGAUCGCUCGUGUUUUGAGACGAUAGACGACACAUCUGCUGAGUUCAUCAACUUUGUCUCCAUUCUAGAACAUAUUCUGAGCCAUAGACUGAAAGGUCAGGUCAGCUGGUUUGGCUACGAGAGCCCGCGCAGUUUCUGGGAUUACAUUCGAGUGGCGUGUAGUAAAGUCCCGCACAGCUGCAUUCACAGCAUCGAGAACAUGGAGAACGUCCGCAGCUCUAGAGCAAAGGGUCGUGCCUGGAUUAGAGUGGCAUUAAUGGAGAAGCGUUUGUCUGAAUACAUCUCUGCAGCUCUAAGAGACUUUAAAACUACAAGGAGGUUUUAUGAGGAGGGGGCUGUAGUUCUGGGUGAGGAGGCGGGGCUUCUGGCAGAUACUCUGAUUGGACUGAAUGCCAUUGACUUCAGUUUCUGUCUGAAAGGGGAGGGGCUUGAUGAGAGCUGUCCUGUUGUCAUUGACUACACGCCGUAUCUUAAAUUCACACAAACUUCUGACAGCAUCAGCAGCGAUGAGGAGGAAAUGAGAACGCUGGGCAGCAGUGGGAGUGAAGCAGGCACUCCUGAAUCCCACAUGGCUGCCAGUCUGAUGGCUGAUCAGAGCACCUGGUACAGCAAGAGCAAAAGAUUAGAGCAGAAAUACAGAGUCGUGCUGGAACAGAAGGGUUAUCUGGAGGAGCUGGUGCGUCUGAGGGAAGCUCAGCUCUCUGAGUCUGUCUCUCAGAAUAAAUCUCUACUGCAGCGGCUCACAGACACCGAACUCAGCCACAAACUGGAGAAAGAGCAGUUGGAGAUCAUCAUACUGGAGCUGCAGGAUCAGCUGACGGUGAUGAAGAACCAUGACCUUCGCUCCAGACAGGAGCUUACCUCGCACCUGACAAACCAAUGGCCCUCACCUGGUGCCUUGGAUACCAAUGCAGUUGCCUUGGAUACACUCCUGUACAGGAAGCGCACAGGACCAUGGGAAGAGAAAAGCUUCCAGAGUUUGGAGCAGCUUUCUGCGGAUAUGAGUCUCUCUCAGAUGUCUCUGGAUCCUGCACAACUAAACACACACAGUCUGGACAGCAAGGCAGGACAUACAAACUGGCACAGAGAAGGGAAAGAGGACACUCCGUCUUUGAGGGGUUUAUGUGGUUCCUUAACUUCAAUGGCCAGUUACAAAUCUCUGGCCAGUCUGAAGUCCAGUGAGUAUCUGGCCAGUCCAACAACAGACAUGACCAGCCCAGGUCUGACUCCAUCCUGAGAGACAAGUAUGGACAUAUACACACAUUCACAAACACACCGGCCUGCUUGAGAUGGUGUGGGCUUGGAAUUAAAGUGAAGAAACGAAAAGCUACCUACCGGUACCAUCCUCAGAGCUUCUAAGGGACAUUUCAGCUAGACAAGAUGAAACCCCAGUGCUGUCCCGACUGGUUUUAGUUUAAUUUAAAGUGCAAUUCAUUUUCAGAUCUGAACAUUUGGUCGUUGAGGUCCAUAGUAAGCAUUAGCAUUAGUGAUUAUUGAGCAUAAUGUAUCACGAUGAAUGACAAUCUUGACUCAGGACAUCAGUGAAUUUCAGUUCAAAUGUCUGCUGUUUUUUGCAAAGUCCACCGAUAAAGGUUUUUAUGGUGUUUUAUUUUGUGCUACUUUUUCUGUGUGGAAUAGUACUAAAUUAUUACUAAAGUUUGAUUUAACUUUAGUGCCCCUAUGGAGAAUUCAUAGUUUACAUCAUAGCACAUCACAGCCAUACUGCCACAGCUGUGUAGGAAAUUGGUUGUCUGGUCCAGUGACCAAUUAUUUAUUUUAUUUUUAAUUAAAUUGAAUUGAAUUUUAUUUGGAAUUUUAAGUAAAAUUUCUAGUGCCACAGCUAUGUAGGAAAUUAGUUGUCUGGGCCAAUGACCCAUUAUUAAAUUAAUUUAAUUUAAUUUAAUUUAAUUUAGAAUUGUAUUUUAUUUGAAACAAAAUUUCUACUGGCACAGCUUAUGUAGGAAAUUGUUGUCUGGCCCAAUGACCAAUUAUUUAUUUUAUUUUUUAUUUUACAUGGAAUUUUAUUUUAUUUUGAAUUAAUUGAAAUUAAUUAAAUUGAAUUAAUUGAAUUUAAUUUUAAUUUUAAUUUUAAUUUAUGUUAAGCAAAAUUUCUAGUGGAAUAGCUAUGCAGGAAAUUGGUUGUCUGGGCCAAUGACCAAUUAUUUUAUUUUAUUAUUAAAUUUAAUUUAAUUUUUAAAGUUAUUUAAUUUUAAGCAACAUUUCUAGUGGCACAGCUAUGUAGGUAAUUGGUUGUCUGGGCCAAUGACCAAUUAUUUAUUUUAUGUUCAUUUAAAUUAUGUUAAUUUAAUUUAAUUGUUUAUUUUAUGUUGAAAUUUAUUUUAUUUUAAUUUCUAGUGGCACAACUAUGUAGGAAAUUGGUUGUGUGGGCCAGUGACUAAUUAUUUAAUUGUUUAAUUUAAUUUAAUUUAAUUUAAUUCAAUUAUUUAAUUUAAUUUAGGAUUUUAUUUUAUUUUAAGCAAAAUUUCUAGUGACACAGCUAUGUAGGAAAUUGGUUGUCUGGGCCAAUGACAAAUUAUUUAUUUUAUUUUAUUUUUUAGGUUGUGUUUUAUUUUAUUUUUAUUUCUAGUGGCACAGCUGUGUAGGACAUUGGUUGUCUGGCCAAUGACCAAUUCUUAAUUAAAUUAAAUUAAAUUAUUUAAUUGUAUUUAAUUUUGGAUUUUAUUUUAAGCAAAAUUUCUAGUGGCACAGCUAUGUAGGAAACCUAUGUAGGUUGUUUGGGUCAAUGACCAAUUAUUUACUUUAUUUUGAUUUUUUUUUGUUUUUUUUUGUUUUUUAAUUUAAUUCAAUAUUUUAUUUUAAAUUAACACUUUAUUUUAUGUUAAGCAAAAUUUAUAGUUGCAAGCCUCCUCUUAAAACCUUUCUUUAUAAAUUAUACAAAUUUAUUAUAUUUAUACUGUUAUUAAUGUGGCUCUUCACUACUAUUUUGGCCCCUUGAAUCAACAUGCCAAGUAAAACAAAAGUUUUUUAAAAAUGGAGCCCUGAUAAUAUUGAGUGGUCGGCUUAUGAAUGAGAAAUGUGAACAACAUAUAUGCUUUGUUCACUUGCCAUCAUUUGUCUUUUUAGGCAGGUAUGUGAUUUCAGACAUUUCUCUGGUGUGCUGAAUGUGGAUGUUAAUACAUUUAUUUCUCAUCUCUGGCUUUUAACUGGAGUGUUUGAGAUUCAGAGAUUCACUCUGUCCUCUUACGUGGAGAAAUCUUACAUAUUCAUCAGUUCUGUGAUUUACAUAAUCAUACAGCACUCAAACAUCAGGUUUUGCAUUUUCCCCGCCGUCACUCACAGAUAGUGGCUAAUGUGCACUGGUGUAAAGCACUGCCAUGCAUUCAUAUAAAUAAAUAAGAAUAAUACGGAUGAUAAAUUACUGGUCUUGAACAAGAAUGAAUUCAGAACCUAAAGCAAAGAUCCUGAACGUUUACAGAUGAAACGUCUAAACUAGGGUUGCCAAUUUAAUGGGAAUAAUUAAAAAAGUAACACAAUAAAAAAUUAAUCCAGUUAUUGAUUUCCUCUAACUUGUAUGUAAAUGCAGUGAUUUUCUACCUCCAGAGCAAUUAAAGCUUAAAGUACCACUUUGUUUUUGACUGUAUAAUGAAGCUGUGGACUACAGGCCAGUGAUGUUCAAUGAGAGAGAGAUAAAUUAUAUAUUGACUUCAAAAACAUUUUUAAUGUCCAUUCCAUGCUUUUCUCAUCUGACACAAUUCUCUUCAUUGGGGGCCUUUUUGUGCUUAAUUUGAUUACCAAAUCAGAAUGUCAUAAUUAAUGUGCAGUAUUUAAUUAAUUUUUAAUCCACCGAAUGCCCUCGUCUAAACCCAUUUUUUUAUUGAAAUCGAAGGUUUCAUUUUAGAAUUAAUUGGUAACGUUGUU